AUGGGCUGCUGCUGCAGCUCAGACUAUGACGAGGACUGGAUCGAGAACAUCGACAUCUGUGAGCACUGCAAUUACCCCAUCGACUCCGGCAGCAAGAACCAGAGGCUGAUCCGCAACGGCUCCGAGGCGCAAGACCCUCUGGUGUCCUACGAGUCCACGUCCCCGCCGUGCUCCCCCAUGCAAGAUAAGCUGGUGGUGGCCCUGUACAACUACGAGCCCAAGCACGACGGGGACCUGCGGCUGCGGAAGGGAGAGAAGCUCCGUGUCCUGGAGGAGAAUGGGGAGUGGUGGAAGGCACAGUCGCUCACCACCGGCCAGGAGGGAUUGAUCCCCUACAACUUCGUGGCCUUGGUGAACAGCCUGGAGCCCGAGCCGUGGUUCUUCAAGAACAUCAGCCGCAAGGACGCCGAGCGGCAGCUCCUGGCGUCGGGCAACACGCACGGCUCCUUCCUCAUCCGGGAGAGCGAGACCUCCAAAGGCUCGUACUCGCUGUCCGUGCGGGACCUGGAUGAGACCCAGGGGGAGACGGUGAAGCACUACAAGAUCCGGAACAUGGACAACGGUGGCUUCUACAUCUCCCCCCGCGUCCCCUUCGGCAGCCUCAGGGAGCUGGUGCAGCACUACACACGCAGCUCCGACGGGCUCUGCACCCGCCUGGGCAAACCCUGCCGGACGCAGAAGCCGCAGAAGCCGUGGUGGCAGGACGAGUGGGAGGUGCCCAGGGAGUCCCUGAAGCUGGUGGAGAAGCUGGGAGCAGGGCAGUUCGGAGAGGUCUGGAUGGGCUUCUACAACGGGCACACGAAGGUGGCUGUGAAGAGCCUGAAGGCGGGCAGCAUGUCCCCCAGCGCCUUCCUGGCCGAGGCCAACCUCAUGAAGAACCUGCAGCACCCGCGGCUGGUGCGGCUCUACGCCGUGGUCACCAAGGAGCCCAUCUACAUCAUCACCGAGUACAUGGAGAAGGGCAGCCUCGUGGACUUCCUCAAGACCUCGGAGGGAGUCAAGCUCGGCAUCAACAAGCUCCUGGACAUGGCUGCGCAGAUUUCCGAAGGCAUGGCCUUUAUCGAGGCCAAGAACUACAUCCACCGUGACCUGAGGGCCGCCAACAUCCUCGUCUCGGAGGCGCUGUGCUGCAAAAUCGCCGAUUUCGGGCUGGCCCGGCUCAUCGAGGACAACGAGUACACGGCUCGAGAGGGGGCUAAAUUCCCCAUUAAGUGGACGGCGCCGGAGGCCAUUAAUUACGGGACGUUCACCAUCAAGUCGGACGUGUGGUCCUUCGGGAUCCUGCUCACCGAGAUCGUCACCUACGGCCGGAUCCCGUAUCCAGGGAUGACCAACCCCGAGGUGAUCCAGAACCUGGAGCGGGGGUACCGGAUGCCGCAGCCGGACAACUGCCCCGCGGAGCUGUACGAGCUGAUGAGGCAGUGCUGGAAGGAGAGCCCCGAGGAGCGCCCCACCUUCGAGUACAUGAAGAGUGUGCUCGAGGACUUCUUCACCGCCACCGAGGGCCAGUACCAGCAGGAGCCCUGAAGGGCCACAGGACCCACUCCCCCGUGUUGGGGUGCUGGGAGUGGUCCUCUGCGUCAAACCCCCCCAGACUCCAUGAGCAUCACAGUGUUGGUGGACUCU